AUGUAUGCGGAACUGACUGACAGUGCCUUGGAUGAACAUGUGCAGGACAUUGUCGCUGGCAAUGAACAAAUUGGUCCUGAGGCUGUCAGAGCCUCCCUGCAAGUACGUGGACUAUGUGUACAGCGAAGGAGGGUUCGAGCAAGCAUGUUACGGAUAAAUCCUGGAGCAGCUGCCCUUUGAGCAGUUUUGCGGAGACCAGAAUGAAGAACAUAUCAGGUUGCAGGUCCAAACUCAUUGUGGCACAUUGAUGGAAAUCACAAACUGAUAAGGUGGAGGAUAGUCAUUCAUGGGGCUAUUGAUGGAUACAGUCAUCUUGGGGUCUUCCUUCAUGCCUCAAACAACAACCGUAGCAGUACCGUUUUAUCAAGUUUCAUCAGAGCCGUGGUAUCCUAUGGUGUACCCUUGAGGGUUCGGACAGACAGAGGAGGGGAAAACAAUGCUGUCUGCCUGAUGAUGAACAUUUUCAGAGGCUUUCAUUGUGGAAGUGCCCUAAGAGGAAGGAGUACCAAUAAUCAGAGAAUUGAGAGGCUCUGGGGUGAUCUGUGGCGAAGAAUGACCAAUGUCUACUGUGAUUUAUUUCACCACCUGGAGGAGGAAGGCAUCAUUGACAUUGACAAUGAAAUGGACCUUUGGGCUCUCCAUUACAUCUAUCUCCCAAGGAUCAACAGAGAUUUGAAAGACUUUACUCAACAGUGGAACAAUCAUGGCUUGCGGACAGAGAGACACUUGAGCCCAUUACAGAUUCAGACAAUAUGUGGACUGUCAGAUCAUAACCUGAUUCACCUCACCCCACGCUAUGUGCCAAUUGUGAGGAGGGAACCUGUGACCACGAGGAGCAUUAGGAGGUGGUCAGAGGAGGCCUUAGCGGAACUACAGGGCUGUUUUGAGGUGACCAACUGGGAAACACUCUGUGAGCCUCACGUCGAGGACAUCAAUGGGCUCACUGAGUGUAUCACAGACUACAUAACAUUCUGCACCGACUCCAUUGUUCCAGCUCAGACUGUUCAUUGUUACCCAAAUAACAAGCCGUGGGUGACUAAGGACAUCAAAGCCUUCCUCAACGACAAGAAGAGGGCUUGUCAGAAGGGGGCAAUAAGGAGGAGAGGCACAGUUUAUAUCCCAAUUGUUAACGUUGGUGUGCAGGAUGUAGUACUGUCUCCUCGUACUAUGAUCGGCACCCUGAGCUAUGCUCAUCUGGUUAGCUCCCCACAGGGUCUCCAAGAGGAGGGUAUGGCAGCUACCGUAUCCUCACAGACUGUAGUUAGUCCAGUGCAAGAUAAGAUUGCUGCUAUUGACUUAUCCACUCUUACUGCACAGGAGCAAGUGGAAGACACCCCGGUGCGGCAGAGGUAUAGGCGUAUCCCCCCCUCAGAAUAUGAGGCCGUAAAAGCUCACAUUCGACAACUUCUUGAGGCCCAG